ACCCAAGUCGAUAAUGCUCAAAAUAAAGUUCAGCCCAACCCAAGUCACCAAUCCACACGAAUACAAAGAGGAGUAGUCGGGUUGGUGGGUUUGAUCCCAGACCCGUCUGUCACCCCUACCACACCUGUAACUCUCUCUCUCUCUCUCUCGCUCUGCAGCUGAAGCUUUUGUUGAACAGUUUCUGAGCAUACCAAAACCGAUUCAGAGGGGAACAAAAGGAAAAGACCCUAACCUUCUUAAGAUUAUAGUGCUAAUGGCAAGCUAUCUAUGGAGGAAAUACGCAGACUAUGUGUACACGAAGUGGGAAAGAACGAUACUUUGGGACAUGGUCGAUCCGUACAGGCGACCCAAGUCCUUUAAACCUUUAGUCACAAUCUAUAUUGCUGCCUUCUACACUGGGGUCAUUGGUUCUGCCAUCACAGAACAACUCCACAAGGAGAAGUAUUGGGAAGAUCACCCUGGGGAAGCUGUCCCUCUAAUGCAGCCAAAGUUCUAUUAUGGACCUUGGAGAAUAAUAAGGGGGGAGGCCCUUACACCCAAUCCAUGAAAGCCACAAUCCAGUUGGAGUACAGUGUUAAGAGUUUCUGCCAUUUCACUUUUUGUUCCUUUAAAUGAUUUUACGAAUGUUAAGGCUUGGUAAUAUUUAGUGAAUAAUAUUUGCUGUUGCUUCAGAAAAAAAAUUGAAGGAAAACCUUGAUUUGAUGA